AUUUUAUUCCCUUUUUUUUUUCCCCUCUCGAGACAUAUCAAGAAAAUCUAAAUAAGAAAAAGAAAGAAAGAAAAAAGCUUAUCAUUUUAAACAAUUUUUAUUUUAUUUUAUUUUAUUUCUCUUUGAAGAGGGGCGAGGAGUGCCUUUUUUAGUUCGAAUAACAUAAUGGUAUAUAUACAAUUACCUGAUGGUACACAAAAGAAAUACGCUUGUCGAAAAUGUAUAAAGGUAUUUAGACAUGGACAUUGACAGCACUGAUGUAUAAUAAAACUUAUUUUUAUUUUAUACUUGAAAAGGGUCAUCGUUCUUCUAAAUGUACACAUCAUGAUAGGGAAUUAUUUGAAAUUAAAAGAAAGGGACGACCUAUAACGCAAUGUGAAACUUGUCGUUUAUUAAGAAAGACGCAACAGGUACAUGCUAAAUGUGAAUGUCGUAUAAAAAAGAAAGAAAGUAUAAAACAAGGUAUGUAAUAAAUAAACCUAAUAUACGC